AUAUGUUCUCCGCCACUGUUUCGAAAGUCUCCCCCAAGAUCCAACCCUUGGCCGUUCAAGCAGCAAGGCAGAUGAGUGCCAUUUCUGGGCCCCCAACAGUCAAGGUCUCCACUUUGGAACAAUUGGUACAUGGAGCAGCGCUUACUGUUGGUAUCUUAGCUAUUCCCGCGUGGGUUUUAGUCAAUAUCAAGAAUUACAGGGGGCAGGAGGAAUAAUUCCUAGUCUGAUAGAGUAGUAAUUUUAUGUAAUGGUAAUUUAAGGAAUAAAGUGAGAGGACAUGUAAA